CGCGCAUACUCGUACUGGGCGGGCCAAAUGUUGCCGGUCACCGACACAACUGGGCAAACUUUUCAUAACUGUAGUAACGUUGACCAAAAGGCCACUGCUUACUGGCAGAGGAAGAGAGAAAGCUGAGGCGCGCAAACUUUGCAGUAAUUUUGUAUGAUUUUUGACGUUUCUAUCGCCUCUGUGCACGCGGAGAAGCGCAGUCCCAUAAUAAAGUCCUUAUUGGCGCUCGGACCAGACUGCCUGGACUCCAUAACAUACUACUGCGAAGAUGUCAAGUUUCCUUUGAGAGAGACACAUUUCGUGGAUUUAGUGGACAACCAGAUCACGAUGGGUCCCCUCACCACACCUAAAAAAGGGAGGGAAGUUGGUUCAGUUGAUCCCUGGACACCGACCUCCAACCUCAAAAUGCUCAUCAGCGCUGCUAGUCCUGAGAUCAGAAACCGAGAAAAGGAGCUCUGUAUGGACAACGAUGGGCGGGAUAGUCUUGAAUCUACACAGGAGCCUGAAAAUGGAGAAGAGUCAGAGAAAAUGAUUAGCAGAAAAGAGAAGAGUCUGGGGCUUCUGUGUCACAAGUUCCUUGCACGUUAUCCAGAUUACCCAAACCCAGCCCUCAACAAUGACAUCUGCCUGGAUGAUGUGGCCACUGAGCUCAAUGUGGAGCGCCGACGCAUUUAUGACAUCAUGAACGUGCUGGAGAGUCUUCACAUGGUGAGCCGCUCUGCAAAGAACCGCUACACCUGGCACGGCCGAACCAAAUUGGCUGAGACUCUGGCCAUUCUGAAGCAGGUGGGCGAGGAACACCGGUACAGCCAGCAGAUGCAGCAGAUCCGCCAGCGCCUUGUGGAAAAGGAGUUUGACUUUGACGGGGAGGAGAAGGAGAACGAGGUGGCGGUGGUGGACUUGGAGAACGGAGAACACGGACAGAAAGAGCUCUUCUUUGUGGAGCUGCCAGGAGUGGAGUUCAAAGCAGCCUCUGUCAACAGUAGGAAAGACAAAUCUCUGCGUGUGAUGAGCCAAAAGUUUGUCAUGCUCUUUCUGGUGUCUAAUCCUCGUGUGGUCAGUCUGGACGUGGCUGCAAAGAUCCUGAUUGGAGAGGACCAGGCAGCAGAUCAAGACAAGAACAAGUUCAAGACCAAAGUGCGGCGGCUGUACGACAUAGCUAAUGUGCUACGAAGCCUGAAGCUCAUUGAGAAAGUUCACGUGGCAGAAGAAAGGGGGAGGAAACCGGCGUUCGAAUGGGUCGGCCUUGAUGAUUUCCCACAAGUCAUAGACUCGGAGAACACCUCAACCGCAUGCCCACCCAAGAAGAAAGGCGUACUUGAACCACGUGCGUCUGCCGACAACUGUGCCAAAAAUCUCUUCUCGUCACCGGGGACCAAACGCAGCUUCACUCGCCACCCGUCCCUCAUAAAGCUCGCCAAGAGCAUUCAGGAUGAUCGACGCAAGAUCAACUCGGCCCCCAGCAGUCCUGUCAAGAGUGAUUCCUCAGUGAAUAGUGACUUCCCAAACAAAAUGGCCCAGCUUGCUGCUAUUUGUAAGAUUGAACUCGACCAGGAGUCAGUGACUGGAGAUGUAGGCCUAAAGCCUGCUGCUGCAGAGGCAAACACAGGUUACGUGUUACAGCUUCCCACUCCUACUUCAGUGGAACCAUCUCGUAUACCGUUACAACCUCCAACUCAGGAGCAGGCAGUCAAUACUACUGCCAACCCGAUCCCACACGCCCUGCUGGCAGCACAGCCAUCAGGGUCUGUUGCCUACAUCCCCGCGCAGUGUUCGCCCCUGAUCCCUGUACUGUUACCUCAGCAGCGAGGGAGCGGGCCCUACGCCGUGUAUUUGAACCCUUCUUCGCUCAGGUCAAACCCUCUGGCCAGGCCGCAGCCAACUAGCCUGGCAGUGCGCUCUAUGACUUUUGAAGAUAAGACUGGGCAGAGCCCAAAUGGCCAGUCGGCAGCUAAGAGCCACACAGCUGCCGAUGCAAGUCCCUCGGGGGUCAAAAGGCUGCGUUCAGAGUUGGCAUCCGAGGGCAGCCCCUCUAAAGCUAAGAGGUCUGACCCCACCUUUAAGGACACCUCGCCAAAGCUCUGUGAGAUCCUGCAGGCCCGCCUAAAGGCCCGUCGUGUCGGUCAGCUCACCAGUCGGCCCUCGCCUCGCGCCCUCCACCUGGACCCAGAGUUUGUCAACACCCCCGGCGGGGCUGUAGCCAAUCAGACAUUAGAGCAGAGUUUGGAACUCCUACUGGACAGAGAAGAGAAGGUGGCAAAUUCUGACAGCGAGGCGGGAUUAACACCGGUCAGGGCUGUUCCCCUCACACCCAGACAGCUUCAUGCUGAGGUAGAAGUGCUAAAAGAACUUCAAGGAUCAGAGGAUGAUCUGUUAGUAGGUGUUCAUUUGUUGAUUUUCUUUUGUUCUACUCUACCUAUCCAGACUUUAAUCCCAGCUGGAUACUUGAUCCCAAUCUCCCAGCAGUCCCUCAUCAGCUACAAGGAAGUUCAAAGUUCAGGAGCAGAAAGCAACAAGAUCUCACCUCCCAACAUCUACCAAACACCAACUGCAGGCUCCAGACCUGCCCCAGCCCAGGAGAUUACGCCCACCAACCUUCGGCUUCAAAGACCCGCUAACGCAGCCUCUCCACAGGCCACCCAGCAAGCCCACCGCCUCAACAGUCCCAGUCCUGCCAUCUUAAACUUCACCCUGCAGAACCUCGGUCUGAUCUCCAGCUCCAGCCCAGGAAGUGCAUUUGCUACACCUCAGACUCCAGAGCGUGCCAACACCCUGACCAGUCCAUUGCCGAGCCCCCUGACUCUGCAGCAGAGGGCCAUGGUUUUCAUCAAACCUCUGUCCCCUGUGCACAUUCAGCAGACUGUAUCCCCACAUCAAGUGGCCCUGAUCGGUGUACAGCAGCCCCUGAUGGCCACCCCUAAAGGGAGCGGGGUCCCCCAGCACAGCUUCUUUCACACACCGGUCUCCCUUUCGCCUCUGGCUGCUGUAGUAAACACUGCCGGACAAUCAUCCACCAAAACUGUACACAUCCCUCAAAGAAAGCUGGACGUUACCACUGAUGAGUCCUGAGGGCCCUGAAGGAUCUUAGAGUACAUAUUUGUGUGUGUGGGUGUUGUUUAUGUUGUGGGUGGAUGGGUGUUUUUUUUUCUCCCCCUUUUUAACCUGUUUAGCAUUUACACAGUAUUCAUUACCUCUGAAAACAUUUCACAGCAGCUUCACUGCCUUCAUUCUUAUGACAGCCAGCUCUAAAAAAGCAGGUUUAUCCCGAUAUUCAUCAACACUACCGUCGUGCUCAUUGUGAUGCUUAUGUGGUCUGUUUCACAGGAAUAGAAUGGCAUGGGGAGAAAUGUAAGAAUAAGAUAUUUUUUAUUUGUUUGUUUUGGUUUUUUUUUUGUUUGCUUUGUUUUUCCAUUUCUGCUAAUAUGGAUAUUUUUAUUCCUUUUUUCAGUUUGUCAGUACUAGUAAAAUGACAUCAGCACUCGAGUAAAAUCUAGCAAGAUCACUUUUGCACAUACGGCAUGUACAUGUUAACUGUUACCCCUUGAAUGGAAUUGCUGAGAACCUGUGAAUAUUUGUAAGACAUCCUAAGACAAAUGAGAAAUAGUGAGAUUAAUUUAUAAGAAAAUUACACUUGUAUCUGAUGUCCUGCUAAAUUUAAAAAUGCUUAAUAAAUUUUAAAUAUGUAUUUUGUA